GGCGGCGGGGCCCGGACAUGGCGGCGGCCGCGGCGGGGCCCGGGGCUGGGCCCGAAGCGGGGCCCGCGGAGGAGGCGGCGGCGGCCGCGGCCGGGAGGGGCCCCGCGGAGCCGGGAGGGGCCGAGGCGCUGCAGCGGCUGCUGCUGGAGAACCGGGAGCUGAAGGCCGCCCUGCGCCGCUGCACGGACGCGCUGCGGGGCCGCUGCCAGGAGCUGCGGCGGCUCCAGGGGCUCCGUGGGGCCGAGCGGGAGCUGCUGCGGGGCCACGUGGGGCAGGCCCGGAGCCUGGUGCUGCGCCUGCGGGCCCAGCGCGACGCCGCCAUCGCCGCCAGGGACACCGCCGGCGACACCGGGGCCAACAGUGACACCUCCGGGGCCAACAAUGGCACCACCGGGGCCAACAAUGGCACCGUGGUCACCAACGCCAUGACCAUGGCCACCAACAGCACCUCCAUGGCCAGCAGUGCAACCACCGUGGCCACCAACAGCACCCCCACGGCCAAAAAUGGCACCUCUAUGGCCACCAAUGGCACCUCCAUGGCCAACACCACCACUAUGGUCACCAGCGCCAUGACCAUGGCCACCAAUGCCACCAGCACCGCUGCCAUCUCCAUGACCACCAGUGUCACCCCUAUGGUCAGCACCACGGCCUCCAACGUCAUUGCCAUGCCCAUGGUCACCAACGCCGCCGUGGUCACCGGCGCCGUGAACGUGGCCCCCAACAUCACCACCAUGGCCACCAAUGGCAGCGCCAUGGCCACCACCAAUGUCAUCAAUGGCGCCAUCAUGGCCACCACCAGCACGGGCACCGCAGCCACCACGGUGCGUCAUCACCCUCACCCCCAUUCCUGUCCCCAUACACCCCUCAAUGUCCCCCCCCGUGUCCCCAUGUCCCAUCCCAUCCCCUUCAAUAUCCUUCUGCAUCCCCCCAUGUCCCCAAACCCCUGCGUGUGCCCCCCAUGUCCUCUCAUUGUCCCCCCCACGUCCCCUCAUUGUCCCCUCAGGGCCCACCAGAGGAACUGCCCCCCCCCCGCCCCAGCUGCCAAUGACCCCGGUGACCCCAGCCCCACAGCGCUGAGGCGGCGGCUGGCGGCGGCCGAGGCUGCGUUGGUGGCAGCAGAGACACGAGCGGUGGAGGUGGCUCAAUGCGCGGAGCUGCAGCUGCAGGCGCUGCGCAGGCAGCUGGAGCAGGACAAGGCCACGGUGCAGGCGCAGGUGACGUCGCUGCUGCUGGAGCUGAAGGAGAGUCAGGAGCUGCUGGAGAGCGGCCGGAGGGAGCGCGAGGACGUGGAACAGCGGGCGCAGGUGUCCCAGUCGCGGUGCCGGGCGCUGGAGGCGGCGGCCUCGGGCCACGCGCUGCAGCUGGAUCAGCUGCGGCUGCAGGUGCAGAACCUGGAGACGGCGCUGAGGGUGGAGCGGCAGCGCGCCAGCGACGAGAAGCGGAAGCUGGUGCAGCUCCAGGCCGCGUAUCACCACCUCUUCCAGGAGUACGACGCCCACAUCAAGGCCAGCCUGGAGGGGGACAAGCGCAGCCAGGAGCUGGCCCUGGCGCGCGCCCGGCUCCGCGCCGCGGAGGAGGCUUUGGCGGCCAAACAGGAGCGAAUCGACCGCCUGGAGGCCGAGGCUGAGGCGCAGCGAGUGCGGCUGGAAACCAUCCCCGUGCUGCAGGCGCAGGCCGACAUCUUCAAGGCAGACUUUGCUGCGGAGCGGGCGGCGCGGGAGCAGCUCCACGCCCAGCGGGAGGCGCUGCAGGAGGCGCUGGGGCAGCUGCAGCGGCGCCUGGAGGCCGAGGGGGCGGCGCGGAUCCGCAUGGAAGAGAUGAGGAACCGGCACUCGGACCUGCGGCCUCCGGCCACGGUGGGGGGUUUUGGGGGUCCCCCCCCUGAGGAGGAGCCCGACCUUUGCUGCCCCAAGUGCCAGUACAAGGCCCCCGACAUGGACACGCUCCAGAUCCAUGUCAUGGACUGCAUCAAGUGAGGGGGGGGACACCCCCAAAAUGCCCCCCCCACCCCCACAAUCAUGGAGGGGGUUCCCCCAAAGUGGGGGUCCCCCAAAAUUGGGGUGUUGGGGGGGGUGGUUUCCCCAUUAAACACGAUGAACACAGGGGGAAAAACUCA